AUGUUUCAGCAUUGCUUCGCACCGCGACCCAGCGAGAUUGAAUCCUACUGGAAACACGUGGAGCAACACUGUCGAUGGUUUGACGACCACCCUGGCCGUCAAGCGGCCAACAAGAAACGUCUUCUGCCGUUCUGCUUAUAUGGUGAUGAGAUCAAUGCUUUCAAGAAUGCCGAAAAUGGCUCCAUUUGCGUUCUGGGCUUUGGGUCAGACCUGGCCUAUGGUAACCCGGCCUUGGAGCGCUAUUAUCUCUUCACUGCGUUCUCCGAACACAACUCUACCGAGAACACUUUUGAUGACAUUAUCAGAGCGCUAGUGCCCAGACUACGGUACAUGUUCGAUGAGACAAGCUUCAACUGGUGUUCUGCAGGUUGGAGAUGGACCUACUCCUCUACACAGGGGGACCUGAAGUUCAUUACAGACCGUUACGGGUUGCACAACUUUCGGAAGAAUCGCAUAUGUGAUCUAUGUGAGUGUGUCAAAAAAGAUGACAACAUAGCUAUGACUCUGGCUGACUUCAGGGAGACAGCUGCUUACCGAGCUACGCAUUACACCCACCAAGAUUACAUGCAAAGUACCACGCCGGAGACACGAUCUCCGCUUUUCGAACUGGAUGGUGUCAACCUUCAUAGAUUUCUACAUGAUCCCUGCCAUGGUCAAUUGCUGGGGACUGGCAAAAACACCAACGGUUCAUGUCUCACAUAUUUAUGCGAGCGGUCCUACUUCGCUCCCUGGCCGGAGCGCGGAAUAUACGAGAACGUCAUGUCCGAGUAUCGGGUUCUCUACCCGAGCAUGGCUGCGAAGGCAGCACAAUCGAAGAUGAUUUCGUAUUGGCUGGCCAUGGUGGCUGGCGACUUGGCAGCUCGAGCUGAUGCAACCCCCACAGACAAAGCUGUCAGUGCAUGCAUAUAUGCCUACGUGGACACCCUCCGGAAAAUGGACGAAUAUCCAUUGUUGCUGAGCGAAGAGCAAUCGAAUGAACUGUACAAUUCUGGAAUGCGACACUUGCGGCUGUACAGCUACUUGCAUCGUGAAUCAGCGAAGAGGACCGGAACAGAGGUCAUGCGAAACUGCUGGCUGCUGCAGCCAAAACACCAUUUCUUUUACCACAUGUGUCGGGAUUGCAAAGAGCAACGAUUGAACCCCAGCUACUAUUCCUUGCUCACGGCAGAGAGCUGGAUCGGAUACAUCGGCAGAGUAAGCAGGCGAACACACCGAUCGACGAUGACAGCCCGAACGCUACAGAGAUAUUGCACACUGUUGUUCUUUCGCUUGAAGCGAAUUGAGCGCAACAUUUCCAUUUGA